GCAGAGGAUGCUGGUGGGGUGGUUAGGCUGGAGCUCUGGUCGGACAAGUUAGCAGGAUUACACUGACUGGAGCGAUCUCCGGGGCUUCUUCAUCUUGCAAAAUCCUCCAACAGAUCUGGAGAAAAAAAUAUUUUUGCAUAACUGAAAACACAUGUGAAACACCUUUUUUUUUCAACCCCACUUAAUUGCAUCCUGUCCGAGUCUUGUGCGCCUUUAUGCGGAGCGACAGAUGGGUCCUCUCCGACGCAUCAUGUGGAUUAUUCUGGGGUUUGUUUUGGCAGCUGGGGGCACCGAUGGGAGCUGGGGAUGUCAGUUACCCCACGACUGGAGACCGCAGACGGAAGCGUGCCGCGCUGAGCUGGCGGAGAUCAUCGUCUUUGCCAAGGUGCUGGCUCUACACAAAGAGUCCUACAGCGUGUACAACUACCUGCCGUGGCAGCACGACACAGACCUGCUCUUCUCCGCAGAGAUCGAGCUGCUGUGCGACCAGUCCUGGGGCAGCAUGCUGGAGGUCCCCGCUGGCUCCAGGUUCAACGUCAGUGGCCUGGGAUACUUGCCUUGCUUCUCCUACAGCGUCACCGAAAACAACAACUACUACUUCUUUCUAAGGAUGGAUGAAAACUACAACAUUAUUCCACAUGGAGUUAAUUUCCAGGACCCCAUCUUCCCCGACACUCCAGAGAACCACCGCAUGUUUGCCAGCCUCUUCCAGUUCUCCAACUGCACACCUGGAACUCAAGUCCACAGCUUCACUCCAGAGUGGGAGGCUCAAGAGGACAGCCGGCUGUUGUGCUCCACAGUUCAGAAAGCUCUGUUCGAGGAAGAGGAGCGAGUGAGGACUCUCUCCCAGAGAGUGCGUACUUUGGAGAAAGCCAAUGGCCACCUGAAGGAAAAGGUGAAGACUCUGAAACGUCUCUUGCGUCUGGCCCAACGAGAAACCACAAAAGAGCAGCAAACUCUCAGCCUUAAACAGCUCCAUGAGACAAAGGUGGCCCAAACUCACCCUGACCAGGACACUACCCAAGAUCAAAAGAACCAAGAACUUAAAAAAGUCCCACCUAAGAAGCUAAAAACCUAGGCGCUCCUUUGUUAAAUAGCAGCAGAAAUAGCUAUUUCAUUGUCUUGAGUGAUAAAUCACGCAAUAUAGCCUUUGAUGACUUUUUUCUCUCUCUCUCUCUUAGUGCUGGACACAUCAUGUAUUGUAUCAAUAUUAUGACCUUGGCUAUGAAAUGCAGAACAUGACAUAUACUAAUAUGUUAAUUGUGAACACUAAAAAGAUUGUGAUAUAUGGCUUGAGCUUGAAUGGUGCCGUCUCAUAACUCAAGAUGCUUUGCGUUGUUUUAGUUGAGCAGGUCUGUCUUUAUGGCUUUUCCACAGAACAAAUCUCCAGGACAUAAACCAAGUGGUGGAAGUGUUUGGAUAAAAAUGUUGUAAUGCUAUAAAUAUGUAAAGUCCAUUUUUUAAUGAGACAUUGAUGAAGAAAAGUUUCUUCUGUUCCAUUCUUUUCAUUGUUGUUAUUAUUCAAAGUUAAGCCAGUGUCCAUACACAACAUGUUUAUAUAUAAAACUUUUUUUGUUUCUUUGUUUGUUUUACAUCUGAAUUUGCCACCUUUGGCUUGCCAUCGCUAAAAUCGCCCCACAUUACUUCUCUCAAUAAAUCACUCUUAAGUGAUUGUUUUUUUCUUUUGUUAGUGUUUGUUUUGUAUUUGGUGCAGAGCAUCAUUUGUGGUAUAAGGCUGAUUUAUUGUGGGUCAGAGAUGAAGGUUGCCUUUAUGAAGCAUUCUGUGAUUGCUUUGGUUUUUGCUCUGUUUCAAUUAUACCUUAAGCUUUUCCAUUGCUGCAAUAUCUUAUUAUAUAAAGCAGCUUUGAAAAAAUAAAAAUAAAUUAUCUUUUUCAAAAACGUUAUCCUCCGCUUAUUAAUGUCAUGUGUAACAUGUUGAAAUUUAAAACUGUUUUUGUUAUGAACCUUUGCAGUGAUAUCUGUGAAAUGUAAUACUCCUCUUGAACACUACUGCCAGUACAGAGUGCCAGCGAUACCCCUGUGAUAUAUCAGUUUGAGUUUCGUGUGGUUGAAGAUUUAUGAUUUUAACAUUACAUCCUCUUGUCUCUCACAUUUCUCCAGA